CCUAACAUAAACCCCAUUUCGAAAAAUAGGGUUUUAGUCACUUUCUUUCUCGCUCUCUCUCCUCACUCACAGCUCUGAAUUGAACUCAUUCCAAGAAUCAAAAUCUAGGGUUGUUAUUUGCAAUGGCUUUUCUCAGUAAAGUUGGGAAUAUAUUGAGGCAGACAGUUACCAAGCAGAUCAAUGAAGUUUCUGUAUCCUCCAUGCCUUCCUUAUAUCAAGCAGUGCGUUUGUCGUCCUCGAAAGUUUUCGUUGGAGGUAUAUCUUAUCAAACUGAUGACCAAAGUUUGAGAGAGGCUUUCAGCAAAUAUGGUGAAGUCAUUGAAGCUAGAGUCAUUAUGGAUCGUGAAACUGGUAGAUCUAGAGGAUUUGCUUUUGUUACUUUCACCUCCAGUGAGGAAGCCUCUAGUUCCAUCCAGGCCUUGGAUGGACAGGAUCUUCAUGGUCGCCGUGUAAAGGUGAAUUAUGCAAAUGAAAGACCUCGUAAUAAUUUUGGCGGAGGCUUUGGUGGUGGUGACGGAGGCUAUGGCGGAGGCGGCUAUGGAGGUGGUGGCUAUGGUGGUGGAGGCUACGGAGGCGGUGGUGGAGGCUAUGGGGGCGGUGGUGGAGGAUACGGAAGUGGUGGAGGCUAUGGUGCUGCUGGUGGAGGCUAUGGCACUUCUGGUGGGGAAGGUUAUAACAAUAAUUAUGGUGGUGGAAAUACUAGCAGCGGUGGAAAUGUUGGCUAUGGUGGUGGAAACAAUUUUGACAGUGCUAGUACUGGAGGCGGUGGCACUUUUAAUUAUGGCAGCGGUGGUGCUAAUGCUGCAAGUGAAAACCCUAGUGCAUUCGGUGCUGGUGGUGGCAGUGAUAACUUUGGUCUCGGUAAUACAAGCGGUGGGUUUGGUGGAGAUUCUGGAUUGGGACAGCCGCCUAGUAGUAGUGGUAAUGCAUUUGGUGAAGCCGGUUCUGAUCAAGAUAAGGACGAUGACGAGACUGAUGACUUUGCCAAAAGGGCGUGAUGGAAUGCUUUUGUUGAUGGAAAGCAUAUAUUGUGCUUUGAUUAAUGUUUAAAGCAGAAAACUCUUUGUUUACUUUUUAUUUCUUUCUUUCUUUGUUUCUAAACAGUUCGCAUCAUUUAUCAAUUUGGUGCUGUGAAGUGAACUUCUAGUCUGGUAUCUAUGACAAGCAAAGGAUUUUGUUAGAAAUAAUUAUAGCUGCAUGUACAAGUGUUUCCUAGCCUUAUAAUGGCUUAUUGUCAUUCAUUUUCUUUAAA